AUGAGGAUUCAUCUAGGAUGUUUGUUAGCUUUGUUCCAUCUCAGUUCAGUUAAACUAGAAGGAUCCUGCAAUUUUUACCACGGUCAAAUAUGUAAAAACUAUGUGGAUCACACCAAAUAUGUUUGGUACAAUAAUUCCGGUGGUUACGAAAACGAACAAAUAACAACAGCUUUAUGGGAAGAAAUGAUAUCUACCUUUGAAGAACCUUGUCGUGGUGCAGCUGAAAAAAUGCUCUGUGUGUUUGCUUUUCCUGAAUGCAAUGUUUCCAGCCCUUUACCAUUGUGUUAUGAAGAUUGUAUUGCCGUUAAGGAACUUUUUUGUUAUAAGGAAUGGGCAUAUCUCGAAGACAAAAAGGUCAACGGAGUGUUUAUGAAAUCCAGAGCACAUUUUAGAUUGCCUGAUUGUAAUAUCUUGCCAAAAUAUAGAGAAGCUCCAAAGACAUCAGCUGUUUGUACGUAUGCAGGCUUGACUGAAAUGAAAGAGUCUGAAGUAACACAUGAUUGUAUAAAAGGCAAAGGAAGAUAUUAUCAAGGGAAAGUAAAUAUUACAAAAGAGGGCAUUCCUUGUCAGCGUUGGGAUUCUCAAUCUCCACAAGUCCAUAAUUCUCCUCCGGAUGUUUUUAUGGAACUAACUGAUGCAGAAAAUUAUUGCAGAAAUGCUGGUGGAGAAGAAAUAAAACCUUGGUGCUUCACCACAAACCCAGAGAUCAGAUGGCAACAUUGUGAUAUACCGAGAUGUUUAAAUUCUACUCCAGAUGAAUCAGAUGUUACAGGAAUUGAAAUGGAAAAACUUUUGUCUCCUGCAUUUCUAAUAAUAGUAUCAGUUGUAGGACUUGCUACAAUUGUAAUCUGUUUAUUGCUAGUAUUGUUAUGUCACCGUUUAUAUAAACAUAGAUUAUUAGGAUACAAUGCUCCUGCCAAUGCAGAAGUCAAUAUUGACUUAGAUAAAUUACCAAGCAACAUGCAAUAUCACAGACAUGGGGUACCAUUAAAUCCUAAAUUGGAAAAAUUGGAGUAUCCCAGAAAUGAUAUUAUCUAUUUGAGGGAUCUUGGGCAAGGUGCUUUUGGAAGUGUUUUUCAAGCCAAAGCUCCUGGGCUAGUAGUAAAUGAAGAAUUUACUGUGGUCGCUGUAAAAAUGCUCAAAGAUGAUGCGACAGACGAUAUGCAAGAAGAUUUUGAAAAAGAAGCAUGUCUUCUUGCUGAAUUUGAUCAUCCAAAUAUUGUCAGGCUUUUGGGCGUUUGUGCUGUGGGUAGACCAAUGUGUCUUUUGUUUGAAUAUAUGGGCAAAGGUGAUUUAAAUGAAUUUCUUCGUCAAUGCUCACCUACAAAUUAUGUGGUACGGAGUGCCAUAAGUGGUGAAUUUACCAAUAAAGAAAUAUAUAAAGAUUUUCAGUUAACAAACUGUGAACAAAUAAGUAUUGCUAUUCAGAUUGCUUCCGGAAUGGUAUACUUAUCAGAUCGUAAAUUUGUUCAUAGGGAUCUUGCCACUAGAAACUGUUUGAUAAAUGAUGAUAUGGUUGUGAAAAUUGCUGAUUUUGGAUUGUCACAGAAAAUCUAUCUGCAAGAUUACUAUAAAGGUACUGAUAGAGAUGCUAUACCUGUAAGAUGGAUGCCUCUAGAAAGUAUAUUAUACAAUAAAUACACAUCUGAGACUGAUGUUUGGGCAUUUGGUGUAUGCCUAUGGGAAAUCUUUUCUUUUGCAUUGCAACCUUAUUAUGGGAGGACUCAUGAGGAAGUUAUUAAAUUUUUGAAAGAUGGUAACGUAAUGCCUCCACCAGAAAACACUCCAGUGGAUGCCUAUGAUUUGAUGCGAAUGUGCUGGGCACAAAGACCUAUCGAUAGACCAUGUUUUAGGGAUGUUCAUGACAGACUUGUUGAAAUUCAUGAGCGAAUUUUAGAUGCACAAGAAAAUCUUUCAUAG